AUGGAAGAGCUAGAGAAGGGGAAAAUGGGGAGCCGGAGCCGUAGCCGGAGCCUGAGGCAAAGAAGUGGCCGGAGCAUCGAGUACGUGUUGUCCGGCGGCAGAAAUUCGAGAAGGCUUAGCCAUGCCGAAGAAGACGAAGAGGCUUUGCGAUGGGCGGCGAUAGAGAAACUUCCAACCUACGACCGAUUAAGAACAAGCAUCUUCAAAUCCUUCGCCGAAUCCGGCGAAAUCGGAAGCAGCCAAACGCAGGCGAUUCUGCACAAACAGGUAGACGUUCGGAGGCUCGACAUGGAUGAUCGGCGGAUGUUCAUGGAAAGUACCUUCAAGAUCGCAGAGGAAGAUAACGAGAAGUUCUUGAAGAAACUUAGAGAUCGAAUCGAUCGAGUUGGAAUUAAUCUGCCGACUGUUGAAGUGAGAUUCGAAAACUUGACGGUACACGCUGAUUGCCAAAUCGGAAACAGAGCACUUCCUAGUCUUCCGAAUGCGAUUCGAGAUGUGGUGGAAUCGGCUCUAAGUCUGAUUGGAAUCAAUUUGGCGAAGACCGCCAAAUUCACCAUUCUCAAAGACGUCUCCGGGAUCGUCAAACCUUCUAGGAUGAGUUUGCUGCUGGGUCCCCCAUCAUCGGGCAAGACGACCUUACUUUUGGCGCUGGCGGGAAGGUUGGACCAAAAUUUAAAGGCUAAAGGAGAAAUUACAUACAACGGAAACAAGCUAAACGAAUUUGUGCCUCAAAAAACAUCUGCAUAUAUAAGCCAAAAUGACAUCCAUAUUGGAGAAAUGACAGUAAAAGAAACGCUCGAUUUCUCAGCACGAUGUCAAGGAGUCGGCACUCGAUAUGAAUUACUGAGUGAGCUUGCAAGAAGAGAAAAGCAAGCCGGAAUUUUGCCGGAGGCUGAAGUCGACCUGUUUAUGAAGGCCACAGCAAUGGAAGGAGUUGAAAGUAGUAUGAUUACUGAUUACACCCUCAAAAUAUUAGGACUUGAUAUUUGUAAGGACACUAUCGUUGGAGAUGAGAUGCAACGUGGCAUAUCGGGAGGUCAAAAGAAACGAGUAACCACAGGUGAAAUAUUAGUGGGUCCUACAAAAACAUUAUUUAUGGAUGAAAUAUCAACGGGUCUAGAUAGCUCCACGACAUAUCAAAUAGUGAAGUGCCUCCAACAGAUCGUGCACCUCACGGAAGCUACGGUGGUCAUGUCCUUACUACAGCCCGCUCCGGAGACGUUCGAUCUUUUCGAUGACAUCAUCCUCUUAUCAGACGGUCAGAUCGUGUACGAGGGCCCACGAGAACACGUACUGGAAUUCUUUCAAUCCUGUGGGUUCCAAUGCCCGGACCGGAAGGGAACCGCCGAUUUCUUACAAGAGGUAACCUCAAAGAAGGACCAAAGGCAAUACUGGGCGAACAAAAGCGAGCCAUACCGAUUCAUAACGGUUCAAGAAUUCGCAAGGCGAUUCAAGCGAUUCCAUGUGUGGAAGAGUAUUGGAAACGAAUUGUCAGUCCCGUACGACAAGUCGUUAGGGCACAGAGCGGCGCUGGUGUACAAAAAGUACUCAGGCCCUAAAUUGGAGCUUCUGAAGGCCUGCGUCGACAAGGAAUGGCUACUGAUAAAGCGAAAUUCGUUCAUUCAUAUCUUCAAGAUGGUUCAGCUAAUCGUGGUAGGGUUUGUGGCGGCGACGGUGUUCUUCAGGACGAAAAUGCAUCACCGGGAUGAAGACGACGGUGCGAUUUAUAUGGGGGCUUUAAUUUUCGCGAUGAUGGUGAAUAUGUUCAAUGGAUAUGCGGAGAUUGCGCUGACGAUUGUGAGGCUGCCGGUGUUCUUUAAGCAGAGGGAUCUUCUGUUUCACCCGCCGUGGACUUACACCCUCCCUACUGUUCUUCUUCGGCUCCCUCUCUCUGCGCUUGAAUCUUUCGCUUGGAUGGUUAUCACUUAUUACACCAUUGGAUUUGCACCCGAAGCUUCCAGGUUUUUCAAGCAAUUCUUGGCGAUGUUUCUACUCCAACUAGUGGCUUCUGGGCUCUUUAGGUUCAUAGCUGGUUUCUGCAGGACCAUGAUAAUUGCCAACACUGGAGGCUCUCUCACUCUCUUAAUUGUGUUCAUGCUUGGUGGUUUCACUCUUCCUAAAGGUGACAUUCCCAAGUGGUGGAUUUGGGGUUACUGGAUUUCACCCAUGACUUAUGUUUACAAUGCGAUUGGCGUAAACGAAAUGUUCGCUCCCAGGUGGAUGAACAGGCUGGCUUCAGACAACAAAACCCCGUUGGGUUUGGCUGUGCUUAAGAACUUUGAUAUCUUCCAAGAUAAAAAUUGGUUUUGGAUUGGAGUUGGAGCUCUUUUGGGAUUCACAAUCCUCUUCAAUGUGCUUUUCACGCUUUCACUUAUGUACCUAAACCCUCCUGGGAGGCCACGAGCAAUAGUAUCAGAAGAAUCAACAGAAGAGUUGGAGUACGAGCAGGAUGUAAAAGAACCGACUACGAGACAAUCCGAGUCAAAAACAGAUUCAAUGACUAGAUCAUUAUCCUCUUCUGAUGGGAACAACACACGAGAAAUGACGAUUUGGCGAAUGAGCAGCAGAUCUUCUGACAGUGGACGCGGUGGGGACAGAGACACUAAUUCCCCUCUUAGCAAUGUUGUCAAUACAAGGAGAGGAAUGGUUCUUCCAUUCACUCCUCUUGCAAUGUCCUUCGAUACUGUAAAUUACUAUGUCGACAUGCCCUCUGAAAUGAAGAACCAAGGGGUCAAAGAUAAUAGACUCCAACUACUUCGUGAAAUCACUGGUGCUUUUAGGCCUGGUGUCCUCACUGCACUGAUGGGUGUUAGUGGGGCUGGAAAGACAACUCUGAUGGAUGUUUUAGCCGGGAGGAAAACAGGCGGCUAUAUUGAAGGUGAUAUCAAAAUUUCAGGAUUUCCCAAGAAACAAGAAACAUUUGCAAGAAUUUCUGGAUAUUGUGAACAAAAUGAUAUCCACUCUCCUCAAGUUACGGUUCGAGAAUCCUUGAUUUACUCGGCUUUCUUAAGGCUCCCUAAAGAAGUUAGCAAGAAGGACAAGAUGGCUUUUGUGGAUGAAGUGAUGGAACUGGUGGAGCUCAAAAAUCUUAGUGAUGCCAUAGUAGGGCUGCCUGGCAUUACAGGACUGUCUACCGAGCAGAGAAAGAGGUUAACAAUUGCAGUCGAGCUUGUUGCUAAUCCUUCAAUCAUUUUUAUGGAUGAACCGACUUCAGGACUCGAUGCAAGAGCAGCUGCCAUUGUAAUGAGAACGGUUCGGAAUACGGUGGAUACUGGUAGAACUGUUGUGUGUACAAUUCACCAACCUAGCAUUGAUAUAUUUGAAGCCUUUGAUGAGCUACUUUUGAUGAAAAGGGGAGGACAAGUGAUCUACUUUGGACCUCUCGGUCGCAAUUCUAAGAAGCUAAUCGAGUAUUUUGAGGCUGUUCCGGGAGUGCCGAAAAUUAAGGAAAAGUACAAUCCGGCCGCCUGGAUGCUGGAGGUAACCUCAGUAGCAGCUGAAGUUCAGCUUAAAAUGGACUUCGCUGAACAUUACAGGGCAUCAUCUUUAUAUCAGCGAAAUAAGGCAUUAGUAAAAGAGUUAAGCACACCACCACCAGGAUCAGUAGACCUCUAUUUUGCUACUCAAUACUCCCAAACCAUGUGGGGGCAGUUCAAAUCUUGCCUGUGGAAGCAGUCAUGGACGUACUGGAGAAGUCCUGAUUACAACCUUGUUAGAUUUUUUUUCACUUUAGCUGCUUCCCUUAUGUUGGGAACCAUUUUCUGGAAAGUUAGCUCCAAAAUGGAUGGAGUACAGGAUCUAAACACGAUUAUUGGAGCAAUGUAUUCUUCUGUCUUGUUUAUUGGAGUGAACAACUGCUCUACCGUACUGCCAGUAGUCGCUACCGAAAGAACCGUGUUUUAUCGAGAGAGAGCUGCGGGGAUGUAUUCUGCAUUACCUUAUGCCCUUUCUCAGGUGAUAAUUGAAAUACCAUACGUCUUUGUCCAGACGGUUUACUAUACUCUCAUCGUAUAUGCAAUGGUUGACUUUGAGUGGACAGCUGCAAAAUUCUUCUGGUUCUUCUUUGUCAACUUCUUUACUUUCCUCUACUUCACAUAUUAUGGCAUGAUGACAGUUUCUGUCACACCAAACCACCAAGUUGCCUCCAUUUUAGCAGGAGCUUUCUAUAUACUCUUCGUUCUCUUCUCUGGCUUCUGCAUCCCAAGACCAAAAAUCCCAAAAUGGUGGAUAUGGUAUUACUGGAUUUGCCCAUUGUCAUGGACUGUAUAUGGGAUGAUUGCAUCCCAGUAUGGUGAUGUAGAGACUCUUAUCAAAGUGCCUGGAGCAAAAGACACAACAGUCAAAUCAUAUAUUGAAGACUAUUAUGGGUACCACUCAGAUUUUAUGGGCCCUGUGGCUGCAGGUCUGGUGGGCUUCACAGUCGUCUUUGCCCUUCUCUAUGCACGGUGCAUUAAGACGAUGAACUUCCAAACGAGAUAGAUCUGCCGGCUGAAAGAUGGUGCUGCUGCUGCUGACUACAUUGCUCAAUGGGCCACGGAGAAUUCUGUCUCUCAAUGUUGGGGGGAGGAACAUUCCAAAUUGGCUGCAAGAAUUAGUCGAUAUUCAAACGCCUUUCCUGGUCGUUAAUUAAUUUAAACGUAGUUUAAUCAAUCAGUUCUUGAUCGGUUUAAGUUUAUAUUAGUAUCAAGAAAGUUGUUUAUGUCGUAUGGUUCAAUGUUCCAUCUUGCAUUAGACAAAUAGGGAGCCUGGUAUAUAAUAUUAUGAGAUAGAAUUCACUUAUUCCUAUGUAAGGUAAGCAUACGAGUACUUUAAGUACUAAUUUAAUAAAUUAUUCGGAAUCACUUUA